AUGGAGGAAACACCCUGGAUGCGGGACAUCCUGCGCUUUGCGCUCACAGCCACAGCCUCGACGGCAGCGCCAUGGGAGCCCGAAGCUUUUUCGACCACCGCCGGUAGAGGCAAGCUCGUGGACCCUGAUGACCCAGGAAAAGACCCGCGGUUCCGGAAACUAGUCGAGGCGAUACUGUUCGGACGGAAGUUCCUAAAGACAUACAACCUGGUCCUGCUGGGUGUAUUGUUCGUCUUCACGGCGUGGCAUGGGAGCGAGAAGCUCCUCUGGCAGAGGGCGCGGAAGAAGAGCAUCGCCGCGCUGAGCAGGCGGACCCAGGACGAAGGAGAAACGUGGAGUAGCUCAAGCAGUACGAUCGAAGGCAAUGUGACGCCGCCCGGGCCCCUCAAGCCAUACCAUGAGGCCGACAACGACGCUGCUGAAACGAGCCCUCUGCUGGCUGCGAGACUGCCACGACGACGACGACGACAGGGUGUGUGGGCACCGUAUUAUAUCUCCAAGUCGAUACUGCAGUACCAACCACCUCCGAUCCCGGUCAUCAACAAGACUCUGCCUACAAACGGCGUGACGCUGCUCGUGCUGGGUUGGAUCGCCUUGACCGUCUUCUACAACCUCUACCGCAUGCCUCUGUCCUUCCUGUACCUCUUCGUCUUCGCCGAUCGCUGCGGCAUCGUCUUCAUCUCAAACCUGCCGCUGCUCUACCUGCUCGCUGCCAAGAACCAGCCCAUCAAGCUCCUCACCGGCUACUCGUACGAGGGUCUGAACAUCUUCCAUAGACGCGUGGGAGAGGUCAUGUGCCUGGAGGCAUUCCUGCACUUCUUGGGCAUGGUGGCUGUCUGGUACGGCAUGCUGAGACAUCUAGGCUUUACGCUGGCCAAGUUCCUGUUCAAUCGAGUCGUGCUGCUCGGACUGGCGGCAUUCAUCGCCUACGAGCUUAUCUAUUUCACCUCUCUGGGCAGCUUCCGUCGGCGAUGGUAUGAGAUCUUUUUAGCUCUGCACAUUGUUUUGCAAGUCGCUGGUCUGGCAUUUCUCUGGUUCCACCACUACACCUCUCGACCCUACGUGGGCGCCUCGCUCGCCAUCUUCCUCGUCGAUCGUCUCGUGUACCGGCUCUGGCUGAAGUCAAGCACCCACGCCGCCACCCUGACCGUCAUGGAAGACGACGAGACCAUCCUGCUAUCCUCCAACUGGGACGUCAGCAACCGCUCGCCCGCCCUCCGCUUGCUGUCCCACAACAUGAAGCACGGCUGGGCACCCAACGAACACAUCUUCAUCUCCGUCCCCGCCCUGUCCCGCAAACACGCACUACAAUCCCACCCCUUCACAAUCUUCUCUGCUGCCCCGAACACCCACCGCAUCACCCAAGACGACCAAGGCAAGCACGCGUGGUUCACCCUCCUAAUCCGCGCCCAAGCCCAGUCUGGCUUCACAAACCAAUUACUAACCUACGCGCGCACCCACUCCCAAACACGCAUCCGCCUCGAUGGCCCGUACGGCUCCUCGCACGCGCUCGAUCUGCUCCGCUCAUCCUCCACCGCGGUCCUCGUCGCCGGCGGCUCAGGCAUCGCAGUGGCCUACCCGCUGCUGUACGCCCUUCUUCAACCUUCGCCCGAGGACGCAGAGACUGCCAUGCUCAAGUCGCGCAGAAACGUCAAGCUCCUGUGGAUCACGCACAGCCCGUCUCACCGGCUGUGGAUUCCCGAGGAUAAGCUCAAGGAGCUGCAGGACUGGGGGUUGGACUUGCUGAUCCCGCCGCCGACCGCGCUUGCAGGACGACCUGACGUGCGGACUGUGGUGGGCGAGUGGGUGGAUGCGGAGGGAGGUGGGAAGACGGGUGUCGUGGUUAGUGGACCGGAGGGGCUGGUGAGAGAUGUCAGGAACGUUUCUUCACGGAAGAUUUGGGCAGGGAGGGAUGUUGGGUUGGCAGUUGAGAAGUUUGGAUGGUGA